UUAUACUCCCAUGUUGCAGGUAUGCUGCAGGUCAGUGGGAUGCGUAUAUACACAUCUGGGGAGGUUGAGGCGGUCAACGGGACAGAUGUUCGUCUGAAGUGCACCUUCCAGAGCUCGUCUCCCAUCAACCCCAGUGCCGUUGUCAUCUCGUGGACCUUCAGACCACUUAAGGGAGGCCGAGAGGAGUCGAUAUUUCACUACCAGCAGAAACCAUAUCCUCCUGUAGACGGAAUCUUUAGGAAGCGCAUCGCUUGGGCCGGUGACGUCACAGGCAGCGAUGCCUCCAUCAUAAUUCGAGAGGUCAAGUUCACCUACAAUGGCACUUACAUCUGCCAAGUUAAGAACCCGCCCGAUGUCCACGGCGCAGUUGGGGAGAUUAAACUCAGUGUUGUUGCCACAGCCUCCUUCUCUGGACUUCUCUUGCUGGCAUUGGCCAUUGCAGCUGCCAUCACCGGUAUAGUCAUUAUUCUCCUCAUCAUCGCAUCCUGCAGGAGGUGCAAGAGGAGGAGACAAAGGGAGCUGGAAGGGAAUGAGGAGGCUCCACGCAAAGAGAGAAAAGACCCCACUGUGUGGUAAGAAAGAGACAAAGGGAGAGGAAAAGAAGAAUCACACACUUUUUCUCCCAUCCUCCAUCUAACUCGGGGGGAUCAGGGAUUGUGGUCCUCCUUGCGGCCUGAGGUUCUUUUCCUAUUGGAUGCUUCGCUUUUUUUCUUUCUCUUCAACUGCAGUCUUUGGAUCCCAGAUUUGGACGAGUAAUGGGCAGCUUUUACUAAGCAGACCUAAACGCAGAGCGUGCCUUUGUGUAGAAAGCAGUAGAUACUGACCUUUAGCCAGUCUGCUGCGUAUCACCAUGCCCCUUUCUCAGAAAGGACUGUUUAAUUGCUCCAUCUUUUCCUGUUCGACUAAAUGUGCUACCAAACACAUUUCCUCUCUGGAGUGAAUGUUGCGUAAUGUAGAAGUAGAACAAUGGUGUAUUCCCACUGCCUACUUCCCUACUAAUACAUUUUAAACUCACAUGUAGCAAUGCACUUCAACACACAUUUGUUAUAGUAGUUCAGCAAACAAUAGAAACAAUACUACAAUGUUUCCAUUGAAUUUCAAGCUUCUGUUGAAUUCCUUUAAUCACCAUAUGAUGGGAAUAUUGUGAAACCCCACACAAAGCAGUUAUUUCAUUAGUCAUGCAUAUACCGGCUGUCUGAGCCAGUCUACUGUGGUUCAUGUGUGGCUGCAGGAGGAUGCUGUUUUACUAUUCUGUUUCAUUUGUUUCACUACUGAAGAUAAAUUGCUGUAUUUCUCUGACAUUCUGUAUUGAUAUUAACCUGAUUUUAUGACCAGUAUAAAGUAACCAAGGUGCUCUCAAAUAAUCAAGACCUGAUGAGUGCUUUGUUCGAGACAAACAUUUUUAUCUAGCACUUUUGUACAAUUCUUUUUACUACCAACACCAAAACAUUAAUAUUUUCUAAAUUUCAUUGAGAGACCUUUUGUUAAAAAUAUAUUUUAACAUUUUUAAUGGCCUACUGUCUGUUUCAAACAAUGAGCUAUUUCAUCAAAAUACACCUUUUUCCAGGGCACUGGAGGCUUCUUUUCUCUCUGUCUUGGGUUUUCAGAUCUCGCUGUAAAAGGUGCAAUGAUUUUUUUUAUUUUUUUUUUACUAUAAAAAACAGUGUUGUGAUAACUUGCUGUAACCAUCACACUACCCAGGCUCUCAAGGAAAUUUGUUGCUUUCAUUAUGGUUGAUUAGAGUUAUACAAACUAUAUCUCUCUUCACAAAAUAUGUAGCAAUGAAAUUUCAUCCAAAUCAGAGAAGAUGGGAGAGAAAUUUUCACCCAACCUCUCAUCUUUUUUUUGGGACAAAUUAUUCCUGUCGGAUGCCAGCCCUUUGUCCUUUUUCCCCUCCAUGUUUAUAACUUAUGCACAUGUGCACAUGUAUGAUUUAUGAGUGUGCCAUGCAUGAAUGCAUAUCGCUGUGUGUAUACUACGUGCUGUGUUCCUCUCGCCUCCCUCCUUGUGGAUGUCUUCCUUUCGCCUGUGUGUUUGUCCCAGCCACCCAUCGAGGGCCGUCCGCCCCUACUUAUCAGACGUCCAUAGAGAUUGCCAGUUCAGAUGGCAUAAUCUCAGACCCCAGCUCCAGAGGACCCAGAGGAAGAAGACCGGAACUCGGAUGGUGAUGAUGACGGUGACUGAGGAGAGACGGAAACACUGAUGUGGAGCCAACCAGAAAGACAGCCAGACAGGGAUGCCCUUGGAUCUUGCUGUUGGGCCCAGUGGAGGCCAGAUGAAUAAAGUACUGCUGCUGAGGGGAAAACUGGCACAGUGUACAAAAAAUGUGAGGAAAACUGAAGGUCUCAAACUUUCCAAACAAGAACAAAAAGAUUAGAACAACACUUCUACAGAAGAGCAAAGAUCAAACGUAUAAUAAUUUUACUUGACAGAGUUCAGAAAUAUUCAUAUGUGGGAAGAUAUCCUGGAUUUGUUAAAUGAGAGGCUUUGGAACCCUGAAAACUCUUGGCUACAGUCCCAAAGGGAAGAGGGACACUUCGUAAUCAAUAAAUCUCUGCUGGGUGAGAUGUGGAUCUUGUUACGUGUAGGAAGUCAAUAGCAAAAUCAACUGCACCAAGUAAUUGCUUUCCAUCCGUCCAUCCAUCCAUCCAUCCAUCCAUCCAUCCAUCCAUCCAUCCAUCACUCUAUGACAGCCUAUCCCAGCUGUUAUAGGGUGAGCGGCAGGGUACUGGUUGCCAGUCUCUCACAGGGCUACAGACGUGCAACCAAUUUAAUUAAAGAUAUUGGUAUAAACUGUAUUUAGGCAGACACCACUGCCACGAUGAGCCAUAAAUGCAGAUCUUUACUGCUCUGAUGACACCUACAGCUUCUGAGAACUUUUGUUUUUCACUGUCUUAAUGGAGAGUAUCUUUUGGAACCUGUAGGAUAAUCUUUCACACAGUGGCUUUGUUUUACAGCUAAAUGUCAUUAAAGAUAAUGUACAGGAGGUCUUGCAUUUCAUUCAGCUCUGCACACCAUCAUGACGCCAGCCUGCGAUUGCUCGCCAGAAGUAGCUCUAUCCUGCUCAUGUAGACUGAGAUGGUUACAGUGAGUCAAAUUAAAAAAGCAUGAAUGCAAUGUUGCUGUCAUUAUCUCUGAAGGCCAAAUAUGUGAUCAGUGAGCAAGCAACUUUGCGCACGCACCUGCCCCGAAUGUUGUGUGGGAGUGCACAGUCAGACCUGAAAACCCUUUUGAUUUCAAAAUGUCCUUGAGAGCCUGUUUUUUUUUUUUUUUUUUUUCUCCAAGCGCCCGUGAAUGCAUCGUGUCUACUAACAACUGACUGUGCUGCCUGUCUUUCAUCCCUGAGUGACAGAAUUUUUUUGUUUGAAUAUUGAACACUGUUUAUAGAUCUUUAUUUUAUUUAGUUCUUUUGUAGAUAAAAGCAGAACUAUUUUAUCAUGUUGUUUAAAAAUGUCAUUAUAUGUAUUUGUUAUAGAGCUUUUAUAAAGAAAAUAAUAAUAAUAAAAAAGAUUUUCUAAUAA